GUUUUCAUAAUAAGGAACCGGAUGUUACGAAGGAGGACAUUCAGAAAACAUGGAGGCGCUUGCGUUUCGUCUCUCCAGGUUGGGGACUUUCUCAAAGUCCUCCAAUCUCACAACACUAUGUGGACAGAGUAAACACAUUUUACCUGUGACAAGUUUGGUUCCAACGAGGGAGAAAAGCACGGCUUUGGCAGCCAAGCCCGCCUCUGCUCUAAGCAAUAAAGGGGAGUAUGUUAUCACCAAGCUGGAUGACCUGGUCAACUGGGCUCGUCGGAGCUCCUUGUGGCCAAUGACCUUUGGUCUGGCAUGCUGUGCUGUGGAGAUGAUGCAUAUGGCUGCUCCUCGUUAUGACAUGGACCGCUUUGGGAUAGUGUUCAGAGCCAGCCCCCGCCAGGCUGAUGUCAUGAUCGUUGCUGGGACCCUAACGAAUAAAAUGGCUCCAGCGCUGCGAAAGGUGUAUGACCAGAUGCCAGAGCCCCGCUAUGUGAUCUCAAUGGGCAGUUGUGCAAAUGGCGGUGGCUAUUACCAUUACUCCUAUUCUGUCGUGAGAGGAUGUGACCGCAUUGUUCCAGUAGAUAUUUACGUUCCAGGUUGCCCACCCACUGCAGAGGCUCUCCUGUAUGGCUGCUUGCAGCUGCAAAGGAAGAUCAAGCGUGAGAAGAAGAUGACUAUCUGGUAUCGCAAAUAAGAGCCAGCGCGAAUAAUUUAUUUACCCUCUACCUGUGCUUCGGUAAUAGAUCAUACCAGUUGGACUAUUUACUGUUAUCCACCAGUAUCAUCAGUUCAAUAAAAAAAACAUCUUAAUAUGCUUGUAUUCUCUUACAAGGUUUUAUCUCUUCAGUAGAAUAGAUAAUUAAAGAUGUAACUGUUUUUGCAGUUUUGGAAGUUUGCUCAACUGUACUGUGGUGUCUGAAUGUGUUAUCACUCUGACGGGGCUGCUUUGAUUCCAGUAUAAUUAAAGAUUAUCUUGUGACUAAA